AUGCCGAGAGAAACCAAUAAGCGCCGUAGCAUCGCUGGAUCUGUAAGAUCUGGCAGAUCCAGCAUCAGCACUUUGACUCAAAUGGAAAACAGUUGUUCCAGCACCAUUUCGGCCAUUACAAUGGACGAUGAAUUGGCUUUUUGCCAUGCUGCUGAUCGAUCGGCUUCUAGAAAAAGCUUUGGCCCCAAGCUUCGAUCUAUGCCCGAACAACAGCGUGCUUCCGACCCUGAUAUGGAAGAAGUCCAACAGUAUUUGGAUACGCUGAGGAUUGCCUCCAACGAUGAUAGCAACAACCGGUUCUCCAGUUCUGCACAAGAUGGCGUGUGUGAAUGCCCGCGUCGCAAGUCUUCCUCUAGCUACCUGGAUUACCAAUCGGCACACCAAUACAGCGUCAAUAGUAGCUACCAAGUCGUCGUCAAUAAGAAGAGCAACACUUCUGGUAACCCCUUGCAAGGAGAGAUUGAAUCUUACGACACCUUUUAUACGGGUCUAGAAGAAGAGGAUGAGGCGCUUCCCAUGUCCUACGCGCCAUCCAGAAGAAGUCAAAGAAGCUCGGCCAUGAAGAGUCGUGGCUCGUAUGGGACUGGCAUGUCCAGUAUCUCCUUUGACCUCGACGAUGAUCAGGCGCUUCCUUUAUCGUACCCCAAAAUAAGUCAAAGGAUUAGCUCGACGCUCAAGAGUCGUGGCUCCUAUGGGACUGGCAUGUCCAGUAUUUCCUUGGACCUCGACGACGUCUUUGGGGAAUCAAGUAAUACGCCCAAUAUCUUUUCAGAACGCAGCAGUCCCUCUGUGGAUGUCUCUCCUCAAAUGGUCAGGCGUCGCUCCUCACUUUCCUACGUCUCAUCGGCUGACAAAAGCGCCGCCGCAAGACUUUUAAGUGCUGUGAAUCUAAUGGCCGUUGAUAAUGAUGACGAUGACAGCGAGCUUGUUGUGUUUCCAGAAGAUUCUGGAGAUAUAUGUUUGGCCGGAUCUACGGAUCGAUUUGAAACAAGAUGCCCCAGGGAAAAGUCAAGUUCGAUUACCAAGCCUGCACGGCGAGGAUCAGCGUACAAGCUUGACUUGCGACCUGCCGCCUAUGCCUCUUGCAGGCAAGGCUAA